GCCUAUUUUCCAUGGAGUCAUUGUGAGAUAUGCAAAAUGAGGUUCCAACUAUAUGGCACAGUUUUCCACUGUGAAUAGUAAUAUGCAGUUAGGAUAAAGUAGUGAAUCUUUCUAAGAGAGGAAUAUUUAACUUCUACAGCUGUCAUGUUGAGAAUGACGUGGGGCAGAACAGGGCAUCCUGAGUCAGGCUGGAAGGAUAAUCCUCCUGCAGUUGGCAGCACCAUCAUGACGUCACAACCUGUUCCCAAUGAGACCGUCAUAGUGCUCCCAUCAAAUGCCAUCAGCUCCUCCCAAGCAGAGAAACCUGCACCCACCAACCAGGGGCAGGAUAGCCUGAAGAAAUGUCUACAGGCAGAAGUCAAAGUUAUUGGGGUAAAUUUAAUUCAGGACGUGUUGGAGACUAUCCAGAUCUUGUGUGGCAUGAAAGUGUUGGGCUUGGGGAUUAUUUUGGCAUCUGCGUCUUUCUCUCCAAAUUUUAGCCAAGUGAUUUCUACGCUGCUGAAGUCUGCUUACCCAUUCAUAGGACCCUUGUGUUUUAUCAUCGCUGGCUCUGUGUCAAUCACCACACAGAAACGGUUAACCACCUGUUUGGUGCACAGCAGCCAGGCUGGAAGCAUUCUGAGUGCUCUGUCUGCUCUGGUGGGUUUCAUUCUCCUGUCUGUCAACUUGGCUGCCUUAAAUCCUGCCUUAUUGCAGUGUGAGUUGGACAAAAAUAAUAUACCAACCAGAAGUUACCAUUAUGAUCCAGUUAAUAUCAGGGACUGCUAUGCAGCCAAAGCCAGUCUGACUGGAACUCUGUCUCUGAUGCUGAUUUGUACUGUGCUAGAAUUCUGCCUGGCUGUGCUCACUUCUGUGCUGCGGUGGAAACAGGCUCACUUUGACUUCUCAGGGGUGAGUGUGCUGGCUGGCCUCACAUAAUCUUGUCUAGGUGUAUCUUAUCUCUACACUGUGUAGAGCUAGCUAUGUCACCAAGAGUAGUGGAAGGAUUGUUUGACAAAGGGCUUAUAUCCAAAAUCUACAAAGAACUAAAACAGAUUUACAAGAAAAAAAACCAAACAAACCAAUUCAAAAGUGGGCAAAGGAUAUGAACAGACACUUUACAAAAGAAGACAUAGAAAAGGCCAACAAACAUAUGAAAAAAUGGUCAUCAUCACUGGUCAUUAGAGAGAUGCAAAUCAAAACCACAUUGAGAUACCAUCUCACAUCAGUUAGAAUGGUGAUCAUUAAAAAAUCUGGAGACAACAGAUGCUGGAGAGGAUGUGGAGAAAUAGGAUCACUUUUACACUGUUGGUGGGAGUGUAAAUUAGUUCAACCAUGUGGAAGACAGUGUGUCAAUUCCUCAAGGACCUAGAAAUAGAAAUUCCAUUUGAACCAGCAAUCCCAUUACUGGGUAUAUAUCCAAAUGAUUAUAAAUCAUUCUAUUAUAAGGACAUAUGCACAUGUAUGUUCAUUGCAGAACUUUUUACAAUAGCAAGACUUGGAACCAACCCAAAUGCCCAUCGAUGAUAGACUGGACAGGGAAAAUAUGACACAUAUACACCAUGAAAUACUGUGCAGCCAUAAAAAAUGAUGAGUUCAUGUCCUUUGUAGGGACAUGGAUGAAUCUGGAAACCAUCAUUCUCUGCCAACUGACACAAGAACAGAAAAUGAAACACCACAUGUUCUCACUCAUAGGCAGGUGUUGAAGAAUGAGAACACAUGGACACGGGGAGGGGAGCAUCACACACUGGGGUCUGUUGGGGGGGAACUAGGGGAGGGACAGUGGGGGAUGGGGAGUUGGGGAGGGAUAGCAUGGGGAGAAAUGCCAGAUAUAGAUGAUGGGGAUGGAGGCAGCAAACCACAUUGCCAUGUAUGUACCUAUGCAACAGUCCUGCAUGUUCUUUACAUGUAACCCAGAAUCUAAAAUGCAAUAAAAUAUAUAUAUAUAUAUAUAUGAAAAAUAAAGUGUAAUAGAAGGAAUAUCAGCCAGCCAUGAAAAACACAUGGAAGGUCAUUUUUCUGGUAAUGGAAGGCAGAGAAGGAAAGCAGAUGGCAGUUGAGUAGCUGACAAGCUGAGAGUUCACUGGAUAUGAAAAUAGUUAAACAUGAGAAAUCAACUGGUUCCAUCUUCCGUUUUUGUCAAUGGAGGGAGUGAGACUCUGGGAAGUCAAAUGACUUGCCUGGCUUGCCUGGCAUUAUGCUAUCAGUUCGUGCCUGUGCUGAGGACUCUAGAACCCGGCUUGCCUCCCUCCUAAGUGGAAACAAUUUCUGCCACAACCACUAGUCUCCUGAUUAAUAUUUACUCAGUAAAGGGCAUUUACACAUGUGACUAGUUCCAGUGAAUGUCUUAUGCUCUGCUUUUCCUCCUAGUGAUCUUAAAAUUCUUUUUCCUCUUAAAAGAUAUAUUAAACAUGUAUUGUUGAAUCAAA